AUGGCCAAGGACCCAGAGUGGAUGCUCGUGACGCCGACCUCGUCGCCGCUCGAUGCGGUCGUCGAUGCCAUGAUUCUCUCCAAAGGACCCAACGUGCACCAGCUACAGACGCGGCUGCACGACGCCGUCGCUAGUCAAGUGACCGCGAUCUUGAACGAGUUGCGCGAGCCAAGCGCCACCGCCUUUGACGGGCGGGUGCACCGAGCCCACGACAACGUCUUGCGGCUCGACAGCGUCUCCAACGACGAUCCAGACGACGGCGAUAGCAACGUGCUGUGGACGUGCGCGCCUCUUUCAUACGUGAAUGAAUGACUCAAACAGGGAUAGCGAUGGUUUUAACGACGAC